CUUUCUUUUUCCUUGCCAAGUAUUCAGAAGGAUUGCUACUUGAUCUUUCUUUCAACACAGCUGUUUGCUGCCAGCUGUGCAAAGCAUUCCUUUUCCGAGAUAGACUUGGGAACGGAGACAUAAAGGCAUCCCUUUUUCUCAAGGAAAGCCAUUGAUGUUACGUCCCAGCUAUGCGCAGAUUAGGGGCUGUUUGGAGAGGAUGUGGCUUUGGCCAAGCUGAGCGAGUUCCAGCAUUUUGCAGAGCCGGCUGUUUGCAAAGAGCCUCACUUUGGUUUCGUUCACUGGAAAGAGUCAGACAUGGGGCUGCUCAUCCUGGUGGGUUUCACCUUCUCGGCCGUGGUUUUGGGGGUCUCAGAGGGGGCCUCUUCUCCCGCAUUGGAUGUCGCUUUGGUCUUGAGCCCCCUUGAAGUGGCCCGGAUGGCAGUCGAAGAUUACAAUGAAGGGACGACGGGAGUCUCAGCCGUCUUCAGGCUACUGAAGCUCCGGAACAUCCACAAAACGAGAUUUAGCUGGGGAGUCCAUUUCAGCAUGAACUUCACCGUCAAGGAGACCCAUUGCCAGAAGACCUCCAGUUACCGGAUGGGAGACUGCAAAUACAAGACAAACGGGGCAGUGAAGGACUGCUCCGCUGAAGUCUCCAUUCUCAACUUCAUGCAAGAUUCCCCGUUGACCUCCGUGAAAUGCCAGCGGGCUUCUUCCAGUGGACGGAAAACCAAAUCCAGCUCCAAACCCGAAGCAGUGAAGGCACCAAACCCUCGAAUGGAUGCGGAGCCCUAUUUCCCAUCGUCCUUUUCCACCGCAGCCCUGAAAGCCAUUGAAGGAAAGUAACGGUACGAUGGAUCCCCUUCCAAAGAAGAGGCGUUUGCAUUGCUAUUACCAGCCCCUUGCAAAGCUGGGGCUUCAACGCACAACACUUUGCUAUAGCCUUAUCUGACUCAUCAUAUUGCUAAAUAUUACUGCUUAUUAGCUGUGCCCGCCACGCUUUGCUGUGGCCAACCUUCCCUCCCUCUUUCUCUUCUCCUUUCUUUCUCUCCUUCCUUCCUUUUCUUCUUCUUCCCUUCCUUCUCCCCACCUUUUCUUUCUCUUCCUCUUUCUCCCCGUUCUUCCUUCUCUACCUAUUCUUGGACUGCAACUCCCAACAGUCCUCCUGAUCAAUCAAUCUAUCUAUCUAUCUAUCUAUCUAUCUAUCUAUCUAU